CUCCUGGAGCAGUAGGGAUUAAUGUAUUUUUACUCCAGAGCCAAUGUAGCUAUUCCGAUGCUCUAAGAUCUGCUCUCUGCAAUGCCCAAACUGACCCCAGUUGCCUUUCUCUAGGCCUGCUUCUUCACCAUGGGAGAAGUGAUGGAAUUCUACUUGGAGAUUGACCCUGUCACCUUGAACCUGAUCAUCCUAGUUGCGAGCUACAUCAUCUUGCUCCUGGUCUUCCUCAUCUCCUGCAUCCUAUAUGACUGCCGAGGCAAGGAUCCCAGUAAGGAGUAUGCGCCGGAGGCCACUCUGGAGACCCAGCCCUCCAUCCGACUGCUGGUGAUGCAGCCAAGUGCCCCAGGGGCCCACUGGCCAAAGGGGCCUGGCCUUCCUUUGGGGGAUCCCACUCCACUAGGGAAGAAAAGCACAAUGGUAUGAGGCUGGCUAAGGGACACUGGGGAGAGACCCUAGACUUUCCGUAGAGACAAACUGCUCCCUAUCAUGGCUCCAAUUCUCUCAGCACAUGUCCUGCAUGGUAAAGAAAGUGAGGACUCUGUCUUACCUGCUAUUUUCUCGUCACCUACUUUAUGAAAAAAGCAAUGGUUUAAGAGACAGGAUCUCACCAUGUUGCCCAUGCUGGUCUCAAACUCCUGGGCUCAAACAAUCCACCUGCCUUGGCCUCCCAAAGUCCUGUGAUUACAGACAUGAGCCACCAUGCCCAGCUUCAAAUAUCCUUGAUGGGAAAAUUGUACCCUUCGCUGAGGAAAGAGAUGCUUCUUCAGUUAAACUUGAUUCUUCAAGUCAUAAAGGGAUAGAAGAUGAGCAUCCAAGUCCCUGUAAACCACUAUGGUGAGAGAAACCUCAGCCAACUCUACGAGCACCAUGGAGAUUUAAUCAAAUCAUACCAGAAUACCUACUGUUUACAAACAUUCAGAGAAAGCCUGAGUUCUAUUGGGGAAAUACGAAGAAAGGAGUGUGCAUUCUUGCCUGUACAGUAGCCACAUGGGCCUGGCAGUUACUGUUGGUUACCUACUUGCUGAUCACACUCCACCCAUACUUCACCUCUUCUUUGCUGGCAGGGUCUCAUCUCCCUUUGUUUAGGCUGAAAAUGUCAAAUAUUCACUUUCCCACCUUCCUUAGUAACUAGGACAUGGGAAUGUGUCCCAUUUCUCCAAAUGUCUUCUAGGAAGAGUAGUUCGCUCUCUCUCUCUCUCAAAAAAAAAGGGGGCGGUAAUAGGUCCAUGAAAAUGCCCCUCUUCUUCACUUGCCAGGCCCUUGGAAAACAUUAUCCCUUUUUAUCCUCAUAGCAACCCUAUGAGGUAAUCAAUAAUAUCUUUCCAAGUUUAGAAAUAAAGAAACCAAGGCUUAGAAAGGUGAAUAACCUGACCAAGACCAUACCUAAUAAAUGGUAGAGCCAAGAUUUGAAUCCAGAUCUGCAUGACUUCUGUUCUGGGUUGAAUUGUGUCCCCCUAAAAAGAUAUAUUGAGGUCCCAAUCCCCAGUACACAGAAUGAGGCCUCAUCCAGAAAUAGGGUCUCUACAGAGGUAAUCAAGUUAAAAUAGGGUCAUUACAGUGGGCCCUAAUCUAACAUGACCAGCGUAAUAAUAAAAAAGGGGAAAUUUGUGCACAGAGACAGACACACAUAGAAGACUCUCUAAGGCAUGCAGGGCAAAGACAGUCAUGUGUCUGGAAUGAUGCAUCUCCAAGCCCGGGAACUCAAGAAUUGAAUGCAAACUGGAAGUCAGAGAAGGCAAGGAACGAUUCUCUUCCCAUAGAGCCAUCAGAAAACUUGGCUCUGCCAUCACCUUCAUUUAAGGCUUCUAGCCUCCUCAACUAUGAAACAAUACAUUUCUGUUGUUUAAAGCCACCUAGUUUUUUGUACUUUUUUUUUGAAACAGUGUAGCUCCAUCACCUACGCUAGAGUGCAAUGGUAUGAUCAUAGCUCAUUGCAGCCUCAAACCCCUGGGCUCAAGCAAUCCUCCUGCCUCAGCCUCCCAAGUAGCUUGGACUACAGGUAAGAACUACAGGUAAGCCACCGCAUGUGGUCCCAUUUUUUGGUACUUGUUAUGGCAGCCCUAGGGAACUAAAACAACUCCCAAACCAUCAAAGAGGUUAUUAUUAUAAUGCCUCCCUGAAAAUGUGCAAAUUUAGUUUUGCCUGGGAAUGGUACUGGAGUAGCAGAGACAAUCCUAAAAAAUAAUGACAGUCUUGGCCAGGCAUGGUGGCUCACUCCUGUAAUCCCAGCACUUUGGGAAGCCAAGGCAGGUGGAUCACUUAAGGUCGGGACUUCAAGACCAGUUUAGCCACCAUGGCAAAAUCCUGUCUCUACUAAAAAUACAAAAAAUUAGCUGGGCAUGGUGGCAUGUGCCUGUAAUCCCAGCUACUCAGGAGGCUGAGGCAGGAGAAUAGCCUGAACCCAGGAGGCGGAGGUUGCGGUGAGCCGAGAUCAUGCCAUUGCACUCCAGCCUGGGUAACAAGAGCGAAACUCCGUCUCAAAAAAAAGAAAAAAAAAUCGCAACAAUCUUCAUAAAGGCAAAAAGACAGGGCCAAGCAAAUCAUGUAUUGGCCCAGUAGGAGAGCCAGGUUGCGGCAGACAUGAUCACAAACUCAAUCUGCCUUUAUCAAACUAAAAAUAUGGCCAAAGGUGCUUCCAUGUAAGGCUCCAACACCCUUUGAGGUUGGUGUCUCUGUUUGCAUUCUAUAGGUGAUGAAACUGACUGGCCCCCAAAUCCCACAGCUAAUAAAAAGAAGCCUUUGAACCUAUAGCUUCUAAUAAGGCCCACUGCUGUUUCUGCCUGCUGUGACUUACUGUCACGGGAGACCAUCCUCAAGGACAUUUCCCGGCCUCUGGAUGUGGGCAGACAUUAGAACGAACACUGUGUAAGUACAGUAUUUGCCUCAUGCUUUGUGUUUCUAUUUGAAACAGGUUUUGGUUUUAGGGUUUUUUUAAUUUUUUUUUUUUAGGACUUAAUUGGUCAGUGUAACAAUUGCAGUUCCUCUGUGUGUUGUCUCAGAACGCCCAACUGCAUCUCCCUGAUGGCCUCAUUUCCCCCUUCAGUUACUGCACAUUCCACUGCAGCAGAGCUAAUAAUUGCAACUCAUUAAUUUAAGAAUUGCCUUGAGAUAAGAACAAAAGCGCUUACGUGGAGGAAGUCAGCGGGUUGGAGGUAGGCAAAAGAACUUGCUCCUCAAGAGGAAACUGAACUUUGGCUUCCAGCCCUUGGCACCUCUGAUACCACCAAGUCCAUGAUCUGUGGCUUUUCUGUUGAGCAGACGCAGGAUGCUUCCUCUACAGCUGAGAGAAUAACUUCGGUGAAAGCUCCUCCUCCUGCCCACUCCCUCAGCCUGGAAAGCAGCAGGAACGUUGUAGGUCAUCACCACCCAGGGUGCCACGAAGUGGAACUCUGAAAUAAAGAAAAUGGAAGAUGACGACUCAAGCUACAGAUUCCGCACUUGAGAACUCCAAGAGGGAAGGACUGUGAUGUCUGGACUUUUCUUUUCUUCAUCAUUUAGCUCAACUUUUCAGAAUGUGAUUUUUUUGUAACUUCUUUUGCCCUACAUUUAUCAUGGACCCCUGCUUAGUAACCUGCAAACUCCCAUACCUAGCAUCUAAAGCUCUCCAUAUGCUGACACUAACUUCUCAUUCAAACUAGACUCCAGCCACUCCCGAACUUGAAGCCUCCCUUCUAACCAAAUGACUCCAAAAUAUCUGUGGUACUUUCUUAUCUUCCUGUCUCCUGGCUCAAAGCAAUUCCCCGCUGGAAUCCCAUCAUAACAAAAUAUACAUGAAAAGGCACCCAUCCUGCAGUCCAGUGGAUCUAAAUCAUCUAUCCAGAGACUGGCUUUACCCAAACCAUCUAAGUAGCUUAUUAGAGACCCUGAGCUCUACUGCCAGAUGGUUCUCCUGCACAGUCGAGUUUGGAAACUCCUAAUGGCCCAAACUCACUCUGACAGUGCAGGGCUCUCCUCUAUACCAUUCUAAGACACAGAAACCAGUCUCUGCUUGAACAUUCACUGUGGUCUGGAAAUCACCACCCGAUGAAAGAACUGAAUUCCACUUUUAAACAAAGCUAAUGGUCAAAAAUGUAUGCCAUUUGUUGAGGCAAUGUCAUCUUCUCUGCAAAUCCCACUAUUUGACCUAAUUUUGUCAUAUGCAUCUACCCAGCAUAUACACAAUAACUCUUCUAACAACAGCUGUUCAAAUAUCUAAAGAUAGACAUAAUAUCCCAUGCAUCCCACACCCAAACUCAUAAGUCUUCAAAUCCUCUGCUAAACAACUCUAAUUCCUCCAAAUGUAAGCGAUAAUUGAUCGUGAUGAUCAUAGUCCUUGGCAUAAUCCAUGAAAUACAUACUAUCACUAUUUUCAUUAUACAGACAAGUAAAACGAGGCUGUGAGAGAUUAAGCAACUUCCCCAAGAUGACAUAGUAAGCGUCAGAACGUGUGUCAGUCUGAACAAGUCUGACUGACUCCAAAAUGAUGUUAUUACACUCUGCUGUGCUGUCCCUAAUUUGUUCAUUUUGUUUGAACAAUCUCUGAUCUUAAUAUCGCUCAUUCAAUGUCAUACCCAGAAUGGAACACAUUGCUUGUGAACUUGUGUGCCCAGCACAGAGCACAGAGCCCUCUUGCUGUCCACUGUGCACUUCUAUCCAUGUAGCCCAAGAUGAUCUUGGUAUUUCCUGGUAGCUCCAUCACACAGUUGGCUGAUACCAAUUAAACUGCUUUGGUUUAUUUUCACAUACACUGCUAUAAAGUCAGGUAUUAUUUCCAUUUUAUCAAUUGCCUAUUGUGUGCAAAUCCAAGAACUAUGGACUAAGGAUACUGGAGUGGAUACAAUGUUAGAUAAGGCACACCUGCUCUCAAAGGAGUGAAUGAAAGGAAAGGAAAAUACUGAGUGGAAAAGAUUAGAGAAUUAGUUCCCAUCCUUAUCAAUAGCAUUUAUAUAACUGUCAGGUGGAGAGAGAGAGCUUAGGGAGGCCCAAUCCCUUUUCAACUCUGUGAUAAUUGUUACUUUGUGACUAUAUAACCCCUAUUACCAAAGCCUGAACAGAAGAAAGGAUCAGACACUUAAAGCUACCAUUCUGUUUCUUAUCCUGUGCCUUUUAAACCUGAGUUGAAGACUUUCCUUCUAUGUGCACUGAGUUGUAUCUUAUGUAUUUAACUUGUGAGUCUUGCCCAUCUUUGCAAACUUUAGAGAUUUUUAGUUUUGUUUUUUAACCUGAUUCUGCCAUAUAAUGUCUUGGUCAGCACUACCAGAUCUGAACCUCCUACAAAUGGAAUUAACAUGCCCUCUAUGUUCCAGAUGAAAGCAUCGAAUGGGAAUUGAGCCUAGACAAGUAGCACUGCAAUAGAGAUACAAGCUCAAUUCAGGAAAGGCCUCUGCUGAGCUUGUUCAUUAACUCCCCAGCACAUGGCACAGGGUUCCAUGUGAAAUGAAUACAUAUUGAGCCUUGCAUAAAUCAAGUAAUUAAUUAAGAUCCUUCUCCAGUAUCAAACCAUAGAAUAUUAGAAUGUCCUAGGUGGACAGGACCUUAAAAGUCAUUUAACAUCCUCUUUUUUGUUUUUUGUUUUGUUUUGUUUUGUUUAGACAAGGCCUUGCUCUGUCGCCCAGGCUGGAGUGCAGUGGCACAAUCUCAGGUCACUGCAACCUCUGCCUCCUGGGUUCAAGUGAUUCUCAUGCCUCAGCCUCCUGAAUAGCUGGGAUACAGGCCCAUGCCACCACACUAGGCUAAUUUUUGUAUUUUUAGUAGAGUCCGGGUUUUGCCAUGUUGACCAGGCUGGUCUUGUCUGGGCCUCAAGUGAUCCACCUGUCUCACCCUCCCAAAGUGCUGGGAUUAUAGGCACCCAGUCUUCAACAUCCUCUUUUCUUAUAGUCAGAAAAUGAAACCCCAAAAGGAACAAGUAUUGACCUAAAGUACCUACUUCGGGGGAAAAAACACAGAUCAAUUAUCCAGGCUUCCUGUUUUCAAAUGCUGAGCACUUUCCAAUACAGCAAGCCAAGGACUUCCUAAUCAAUAUUCUCCUAUUAUGUUUGUCUAGCCUUUAAAUAUACUAUAGUAAUCCCCUCUUAUUCUCAGUAUAGUAUAAUAAGAGACCACAUAUUUAUAUAACUUUUAUUACAGUAGAUUGUUAUUAUUAUUUAGAAACAGGGUCUCAUUCUUGUCACCCAGGCUGGAAUGCAGUGGCCAGGUCAUAACGCACUGUAGCCUCAAACUCUUGCCUCAGCCAAGUAACUGGGCUACGUACAGGCUUGUGCCACCAUGACUGACAAUCUUAUUUUUAGAGAUGGGGUCUCACUAUGUUGCCCAGGCUGACUUUGAACUCCUGGGCUCAAGCAAUCUUCUCACCUCAGCCUCACAAAGUGCUGGGAUUACAGGUGUGAGCCACAGUGUCCAGCUUUAUUAUUAUUAUUAGUCUUUUACUGUGCCUAAUUUUAAAAUUAAGCUUUAUCAUAGACAUUAUGUAUAGGAAAAAUAAUAGUAUAUAUUGAGUUCGGUGCCACCUAAAGUUGAAAAUAUCCGCUGGGGGUCUUAGAACAGAUCCCUGAGAAUAAGGGGUGAGGGGGUGCUUACUAUAUUAUUAUAUAGCCUGGAGAAUCAUGUGGAACUCCAAUUAGAACAGAAGAAAUACCUUUUCCUUCUGACUCAGAGGCCAAAUGUUCUUCAGUAAAUGAAGCUAAAUUCCCAGCUUAGAAUUAAACUUAUUAUCAUAUGGGAAAGUUUAUCCAUAUCCAGCUUUGCGGGGGUUGGGAGGAGUCUUCCAUCAUUGCUCAGACACAGUAAGUGGCCUUCAAAGGCCCUCUCCACAUCUGAGGCUCAUGACCCCCAGGCCUGAGUAUUCUGUCUCUGGGCCUGACCUAUUUUAGAUUGUGCUUUCUAAUCCACAGUAAAUAUUAAAGCAUUAUGAACUGUUGAGCGUCUAUUAUGUGCUAGUCCCUUAAAAAACUGAAGUAUGAUUUUAUUUCUUUAUUUAAAAUCCUCAUGACAACCCUGCCUGCCCGAUUUUGUAAAAUUUUUAUUUAUUUAUUUAUUUAGAGACAUAAUUUCUGUCGCCCAAGCUGGAGUGCAAUGGUUCUAUCAUAGCUCACUAAAACUUCAAAUUCCUAGGCUCAAAUGAUCCUCCCACGUUAGCCUCCUGAGUUGCUAAGACUACAGGCACAUGCCACCACACCUGGCUGAUUUUUUUAAUUUUUGUAGGGAUGAGGUCUUGCUAUGUUGCUAAUGCUGGUCCUGAAUUCCCGGCCUCCCAAAAUGCUGAGAUUACAGACAUGAGCCACCAUGCCCUGUACAUGGCAUCUUUUAUUAGCCCAUUUUUCAGAUGAGGAAAUGAACGGCCAGAGGUUAAUAUACUAAGUUAAUAUAUGUAAUACUUAUUAAGUAUUAAUACUUAAGCAUUAAUUAACUUAAUAUCUAUAUUAAUAAUACUUUUCAGUUUUAAGUGGAGAAGUCAAUAUUCAACCCAGGUCUAUUCAUCUAAAUCCAAAUUUAAUCCAAGGCCAUGCACUUCACACAACAUCAAACUGCUUGCCCUAUCUGUCCAAAAUUAUUUCAAGCUAGACCUUAAGUAUCUCAGGAUACCCAGGCCUGAGUAUUCUGUCUCUGGGCCUGACCUAUUAUAGAUUGUGCUUUCUAAUCUAAGCCCAGGAUUUCAAGCAAAUUACCCAGAAAAAUAUGAAUUUGUCCGUCACCAUAUCUACAAUCUUUCCCAUCUGGUACUCCAGACCAAUGUCUCAGUGGAUCCCUAAUGUAACCUACAUUUGCAGCCUUCUUCCACGAGAAUUCUCUGCCCUGAAUUGUUCUAUUGACUAACCACAUUACAGAAUCAAAAACAGUAUGAUUUCAAGGAGACAUUUAACUCAUUCAAUGGUGGGAGUCUGUAUUUUUGGGGUUUUGUUUGUUUUUGCUCUUUUGCCUCAUUAAAGAAAUGAAGAUCAUAAAAAUGAGUUACGUUUUUCUGGAUAUUGAUAGAAAUGUGUUUGUUUUCUGUGUUUAAAUGUACAGAACAAUUUAUACACAAAUAAAUUAUUUACUAAUGCA